AUGAAAGCAGUUCCAGCAGAAACAUUUGGAUUUGCCGCUAAGCCAAAGGUAGUAAAUCCUAGAUCUAAAUAUAGAGAACCUGUAUAAGAAGAUGAAGACCCUGAAAGAGUUCAAAAUCUUAUGUUUGAGAAGCGUGUAGUUAGAGGAAAUACAUACGCAAGAAUUAUAACAUCAAAGGAUAAUGAAAUAAAAAAUGCAACAAAAUCUGGAAAGUCUUUCAAGAAAACAAUAUAAAUUCAAAAAGAGUAGAUAGAUUAUUAAAGAGACCAAUACGAACCUGGUACUCCUAAACCAGUAGCAGGAAGAUAAAAUAUUGAAGUAUAAACUGACGAAUUCGUUGAAUAAUUAACUGACAAGCCACCUGAGUAUGAAAAAGAUACUUAGACUGAAGUUUUUAUUGACAGACCUAAUCCUCGUCUUUUUAUGCCUAAAAAAACUGGUAUAGAUUAGGAAACAUAAAUUUGGGAUGGUGAUCUUUUCGAUUUUGAUUAUGAAGUUGAACCUAUACUACAAGUAUUGCUCGGAAAAACCUUGGAACAAAGUCGUAUGGAGGUUCUAGAAGAAGAAGAACUCCGUGUGAUGAAAGAGUAGCAAAAAAGAUUUGAAUAGUUAAGAAAUGCAGAAUUAGCUGAAAUGCAAAGACUUGAAGCUAAAGAGAAGCGUCUUUAUGAAGAAUCAGAAAGAAGAAAAUUACAAUACAAAAAAUAAAAAGAGUAAAAUGUUUUAUCUCACAAGAAACUUAUAUCAAGAAACAUAGCAAAGCAAUAUCUAAGCAAACUUAGAGGAAAUGUUGUUAACAUGCUUGAAGAUCAAGGUGUUUUUAGAAAUCCUCUACAAAUGUCUUUGUACGAUUAAUUCCUUCCUUGGUUAUACUAAAAUGUUUAAUAGGAACUCAUUUAACAACACAAUAUAGAAACAGAAUUAGAAAAUCUAUGUGUCGAGCUUAUUGAAGAAAAUAAGGCAUUACAUAAGCAAGGAUACGAUGUUGAAAUGGAAAAGAGAGAAUAAAUUAGAUAAGAUAAGAGACAAAGAUAAAAAGAACUUGAAGAAAAAAGAGAAAGAAAAAGACUUGAAAAGCUAAGAAAAAUUGAAAUGGAAAGAAGAGCAAAACUCAGAGAUGAAGUAGCAGCAAGAAUUCUAAGUAAAGCAGAAGUUAAAGAUAAUGUAUUACAAAACCAUAUUUCUGAUAUCGAUAAUAAUCAAUAAGAAAAUAGACCAUUCGUUGGUCUAGUUGGUGGUCUUGUUGGAGAAUUUGUCUUAUUCAUGGCUUCUUUGGCAUAAUCUUAGGAUGAAGAUCUUGCUAGCGGAGCUAGAGAGUUAAUUAACAACUAAGAAGCAAUUUUAAAUUCUUUUAAAGAAUUGCUUACUUCUGUUUUGUCUGAGGGCUCUAUUGAUUUACCUAUUAAUAGCUAAAUUGAUGCUUUACUUGCAUAGAAGGGUGAAGACUUAAGCUUAGCUACAUUAGCAACUGCUUAGCUUGGUGAUGCUCAAGACGAUGUAAUUGAUUUGAUUGUUAGCAAUGUUUCUUCUUAAAUACUGAAUGCAAUCAGAGAACAUUCAAACGAAUUUGGCUUCCCAUAAGAAACUAUUGAUUAAUUAAUCUACUUAAUUGUCUAAUCUUACUUCUCAGAAGAGUCACUUUAAGCCAAAAUUAAAUUCUCACCUGUUAAGCCCGUAAAAGGAUUCAGUCAAGCUGGUAUUGCAUAUUUAAGACCAGAUUUAGAAUCCUUAACAAUAAAUACAAGAUCCCCUAAGUUUGGAUAAGAACCAGAAAUAGGAGAGGAUGAAGAACCUAUCAAAGUGGUACCUGAAAAUUUAGUAGAAAGCGAGUUUUCUAAUAAAGUUAGUUUAUUAAAUCCCAAAGAUGAAGAUUUAGAAGUAUUGGUAUAACACGCCGUCGCUGAAUAAGUAGUCAGAGAAGAUAUCUUAAGAGUAAUUGCAGGUUCAAUUAAAGGAGUUGAUGGCCACGAAUACCCCAUAUUAUACGAAGCUUUAUCAAAAACUCAAGAAUAUCAAAGAAAGGUUUUAGACUCUAUUCAUAACGAUUUCCCUGUUUUAGAUAUGAAAUCAUAUUGA